AUGGAGCCUGGGAAGCUCUUGGAUCCCCUGUGAGACAGAAGCAGCCACAAAAGAAAACCACAAAAGAACCCAUGAAUGCUCAGAGUGUGGAAAAUCCUUUGCUUGCCGGUCCCUCCUUUUGACCCACAGGAAGGUCCAUGUGGGAAGUGGAUCCAGUGAAGGAUUGGAGGGUGAGAAAUCCUUCUCUGGAAAAGACAUGAAAAAUUUCAGAAGCCCCCCCAGACUAAAGCCCUAUAAAUGUGAGGAAUGUGACCUAUGCUUUGGUCAAAGGUCACACCUUCUUACACAUCAGAAAGUCCACACUGGAGAGAAACCCUAUCAGUGUCUGGAAUGUGGGAAUUUUUUCCGUGAAAAAGCCCAUCUGGGAAACCACGAGAGGAUUCACACAGGGGAGAAACCUUACAAGUGCUGGGAAUGUGGGAGGAGCUUUUCUUGGAAGGCAAGUCUUUGGGCCCAUGAGAAGGUUCAUGCAGGAAUAAAAUCUUACAAAUGCUUUGAGUGUGGGAAAUGUUUCACCCUGAGUUCAUCUCUUCGGAGUCAUGAGAAAACACACAGAGGGGAGAAAAACGAAAAGUGCCUCGAAUGUGGGAAAUGUUUUACCUGGAAAUCAAGCCUGGUGCGGCAUCAGAGACUUCACACUGGACAGAGACCCUUUGAAUGCCCAGAAUGUGAGAAACGAUUUAUGUUUUCUUCUGGACUUCGGGAACACCAGAAGAGACACAAAGGGGAGAAACCCUAUCAAUGUGGGGGAUGUGGGAAAGGUUUUGUUACACAAGGAGAGCUUCAGCUUCAUGAGAGAAUCCACACAGGGGAAAAACCAUACAAAUGUGAGGAGUGUGGGAAAUGCUUUACCCAGAAAGAUAGCCUUGGAAUUCAUCAGAGGCUCCACACAGGAGAGAAGCCAUAUCAAUGCGUAGAAUGUGGGAAAUGUUUUGCUCAACAGGGAGCCCUUUUGAAACAUCGUAAAAUCCACACAGGAGAGAAGCCAUACAGAUGCCUAGAAUGUGGGAAAUGUUUUACUCAAAAGGGAAAUCUUUCAACACAUCAUAAAAUCCACACAGGGGAGAAGCCACAUCAAUGCUUCGAAUGUGGAACAUUUUAUAGUACCCCAUCAAACUUUAGAAGUCAUAUGAAAAUUCACACAGGGGAAAGAAAUUACAAAUGUUUAGACUGUGGGAGAGCAUUUGCUCAUUCACAUUCCCUUAGAAGCCACAGCCGAAUCCAUACAGGAGAGAAGCCCCAUAAAUGCUCGGAGUGCGAUAAAUGUUUUUCUCAAAAAAAUACUCUUGUGAUACAUCAGAGAACCCACACUGGAGAGAAACCAUAUAAAUGUCCAGAGUGUGGGCAAUGUUUUGCCCGAACUUCAUCACUUCGCAAGCACACUAGAAGUCACACAGGGGAGUCGCCUUACAAGUAUGUAGAGUGUGAGAAAACCUUUCAUAGUAAAUCUCACCUAAAAAGGCAUCAGAAAGUCCAUAGUAGAGAGAAACCCCUUCAGUUGUGAGGAAUGUGGAAAACAUUU